AUGUUGAACUGCCCUGCCUCUAACGUGUCUAUGUUGAACUGCCCUGCCUCUAACGUGUCUAUGUUGAACUGCCCUGCCUCUAACGUGUCUAUGUUGAAUUGCCCUGCCUCUAACGUGUCUAUGUUGAACUGCCCUGCCUCUAACGUGUCUAUGUUGAACUGCCCUGCCUCUAACAUGCCUACGUUGAACUGCCCUGCCUCUAACGUGUCUAUGUUGAACUGCCCUGCCUCUAACAUGUCUACGUUGAACUGCCCUGCCUCUAACGUGUCUAUGUUGAACUGUCCUGUCUCUAACGUGUCUAUGUUGAACUGCCCUGCCUCUAACGUGUCUAUGUUGAACUGCCCUGCCUCUAACGUGUCUAUGUUGAACUACCCUGCCUCUAAAAUGCCUAUGUUGAACUGCCCUGCCUCUAACGUGUCUACGUUGAACUGCCCUGCCUCUAACGUGUCUAUGUUGAACUGCCCUGCCUCUAACGUGCCUACGUUGAACUGCCCUGCCUCUAACGUGUCUGUUGAACUGCCCUGCCUCUAA